AUGGGGAAGGGUACGGGCAGCUUCGGCAAGCGCCGGAACAAGACGCACACGCUCUGCAUCCGCUGCGGCCGCCGCAGCUUCCACCUCCAGAAGAGCACCUGCUCCUCCUGCGGCUACCCCGCCGCCCGCAUCCGCAAGUAUAACUGGAGUGUGAAGGCCAUCAGGCGCAAGACAACUGGGACCGGAAGGAUGAGGUACAUGCGACACGUGCCUCGCCGUUUCAAGAGCAACUUCAGAGAAGUUCCUCUUGAUGAAACAUUCAAUGAGUCGGUGCCUCCUGGGAAGCGAUACUCCUCGAAGCAACUAGUUAACAAACAAAGAAAAGCUGGUUGGGAAAUAUGUCUGGUGAUUGAUUUGACAAAUACCACCCGGUAUUAUUCACCAGCAGAAUGGACGAUUCAAGGUACUAAGCAUGUCAAGAUUCCAUGCAAGGGGAGAGAUGCUGUACCUGACAAUGAAUCUGUUAAUGUGUUUGUCAAUGAGGCAAUGAUGUGCCUUGACCGACAAAAGCAAUCAAAUAAUCCUAAAUAUAUUCUGGUUCAUUGUACCCAUGGUCAUAAUCGUACAGGUUUCAUGAUUAUUCAUUACCUUAUGCGCACACACAUCUCUUGUGUUGCUGAGGCAAUAAAUAUAUUUGCUCAAAGGCGGCCACCUGGCAUAUACAAGAGGGACUACAUUGAAGCACUGUAUUCAUUUUACCAUGAGGUCCCUGAGAAUAUGAUGAUAGCAUGCCCUCCAACACCAGAAUGGAAGAGACCAGAUGAUCUUGAUUUAAAUGGCGAAGCUAAGCAGGAUGAUGAUGAUGAUGACAAUGCUUAUCUUAAACCACCGCAUAAUGAAUCAGAGGAUAAAGUCAUCACCAAUGACGAUGUGUUAGGGGACCCCGUGCCAUAUGACCAGCAAAAAGCUUUGUGUGACAUAUGUUAUCUGUUGCUUGAAAUGCCCAUUGGAAGAGGUCCACAAUUUCCUGGAUCACAUCCAGUUUCUCUUAACAGAAGGGUCCAAAUGCGCUUUCCCCAUAGAAGCCUCGAAGGCCUGCAUGAUAUGACCUUGAUUGAUGGGGAGAUGAUUAUAGACACGGUACCAGAUUCAGGCUUGAAGAGAAGGUACUUGGCAUAUGAUCUUAUGGCGCUUGAUGCAGUGCCCAAAACCAAGUUGCCGUUUUCUGAAAGAUGGAAAAUGCUGGAAGAUGAAAUAAUAAGACCACGUUAUCAUGAGAAAAAGCAGUUUGAGAGUGGUGCUAAGAGCAAUCCGCUGUACAAAUAUGACAUGGAAUUAUUUUCGGUUAGGAGAAAGGAUUUUUGGGUGCUCUCCACAGUGAAAAGGUUGCUUAAGGAGUUUAUUCCAUCACUUUGCCAUGAUGCUGAUGGCCUUAUAUUUCAGGGCUGGGAUGAUCCAUAUGUAACUCGUACUCAUGAAGGUCUUCUAAAAUGGAAGUACCCUGAGAUGAAUUCUGUGGACUUUCUGUUUGAGCUUACAAAUGAUAAUCGUCAACUGGUUUUCCUUUAUGAGAGAGGAAAAAAGAAACUUAUGGAUGGUGCUCGGAUAGCAUUCACUGACGAUGUAGAUCCAUCCUCUGUCGCUGGGAGGAUUGUUGAGUGUUCCUGGAACAAGGAAGAGAAGUGUUGGGCCUGUAUGCGUAUUAGAUCUGAUAAAUCGACUCCAAAUGACAUCAAUACAUACCGGAAGGUGAUGGGGAGUAUCACAGAUAACAUUACCGAGGAAAAGCUUCUCGAAGAGAUUGAUGAGAUAACGCGCCUCCCUCCCGAUGUAUGCUGA